AUGGCGUCCCUGGAAAGAAUAAAGAUAGGUCAAAGAGCACCUAAAUUCCGCUGUCAAGCAUUGGUCAGUGGCUCCAUUCAAGAAGUCUCUCUCGAUACUUAUAUCUGUCCGACCAACUCGCAAGCCGGGCCCAAUGUCACGUCCUCGUGGCUCGUCAUACUAUUCAUCCCAGCAGCAUUUUCUAAUUUAUGUCCGACAGAAGUUUUGGCGUUUCAAGAAAGCUAUGAGCAAUUCCGGAAACGAAACUGCAGUAUCAUGUUUACAUCUGUCGACACACGAAACUCUCUCUGGUACUGGCAAAGUAUCCCACGUAAGCAUGGAGGAUUAGGACAUGUCGACAUUCCGCUCUUGAGCGACACCAGCAACAAGAUUGCGAAGGACUAUGGUGUUGUUGUUGAAGAGUUGGGUAUUGACAUCCGUGGUAUGUUCUUGAUUGACGGGGAGGGAAUUGUGCAACAGGUCACGUUGGACAAUUGUCAAAUCGAUCGAAGCGUGGUCGAGACUUUGCGCGUUCUUGACGCACAUCAGUCGCUCAUCAAAGUCGGCGUCCCUUACCCCAUCGACGAGGCAGCCAACGCACGGGCA